GAAGAACACCUGUCUUUAGCUAAUUAUGCCUGUGUCCAUUUGACAGCAAGUUAAGGAGAAGGAGCAUUCUUAAACACUGUCGGUUAGUUUUCUUGAUAAAAAAAUACUGAAUUGGCUGCUUGGUGUGCCUGAAGUUAUGGGAUUUUUCUUUGGGUUGUUGCUGUUGUCAACAGUUGCUGUUCAAAGACAAGUAAAUGGUGACACCACUGGCUUUGCCACCAAACAUGAAGACGCAGAAACACUCCUGGCUGGUUUCCGACCAGUUUUUGAUGAGCCUAAAUACCCAGUAGGGGGACCAGUGAGCACUGAGUACCUGCCAAACAGGCCCAACAUACCUCAGCAGCAUUAUGACUACCCACCCCAGAGUCUGAAACUGUCCCGACAUAAAUGGUAUCAUAGUUACCCACCCCAAGGUCCACAAAAUCAACAGCAACAUGGUUACUCUCCCGAGAACUCCCUGUUUCCCCAGCAACAGCAUCACAGCCCCCUACUCCAGGCACCUGUGUGGCCCCAACAUCAGCAACGGCAUAAUGCCCCCCUGCCCCAGGGCCCCAUGUUGUCCAAACCUCAGCAACAGCAUCACGGUGCCAUGCCCCAAAGCCCCAUGGGGCCUCAACGUAAGGAACCCCGGCGCCCUGUGACGCCCCAUCGUCAGCAACGGCAUCAGGGUCCCAUGUUGCUCCAACCUCAACAACAGCAUCAAAGCUCCCUCUCCCAGGGCCUUAUGGGGUCCCGACGUCAGGAACAGCAUCACGGUGCCAUGCCCCAGGGCCCUGUGGUGCCCCAACAUCAGCAACGGCAUCAGGGCCCAAUGUUGCCCCAACAUCAGCAACGGCAUCAGGGCCCCAUGUUGCUCCAACCUCAGCAACGGCAUCAGGGCCCCAUGUUGCUCCAACCUCAACAACAGCAUCAAAGCUCCCUCUCCCAGGGCCUUAUGGGGUCCCGACAUCAGGAACAGCAUCACAGUGCCAUGCCCCGGGGCCCUGUGGUGCCCCAACAUCAGCAACGGCAUCAGGGCCCAAUGUUGCCCCAACAUCAGCAACGGCAUCAGGGCCCAAUGUUGCCCCAACAUCAGCAACGGCAUCAGGGCCCCAUGUUGCUCCAACCUCAGCAACGGCAUCAGGGCCCCAUGUUGCUCCAACCUCAACAACAGCAUCAAAGCUCCCUCUCCCAGGGCCUUAUGGGGUCCCGACGUCAGGAACAGCAUCACGGUGCCAUGCCCCAGGGCCCUGUGGUGCCCCAACAUCAGCAACGGCAUCAGGGCCCAAUGUUGCCCCAACAUCAGCAACGGCAUCAGGGCCCCAUGUUGCUCCAACCUCAGCAACGGCAUCAGGGCCCCAUGUUGCUCCAACCUCAACAACAGCAUCAAAGCUCCCUCUCCCAGGGCCUUAUGGGGUCCCGACGUCAGCAACAGCAUCACAAUGCCAUGCCUCUGAGCCCUGUGGUGCCCCAACAUCAGCAACGGCAUCAGGGCCCCAUGUUGCCCCAACCUCAGCAACAGCAUCAAAGCUCCCUGUCCCAGGGCUUUAUGGGGUCCCGACGUCAGCAACAGCAUCACAGUGCCAUGCCCCGGGGCCCUGUAGUGCCCCAACGGCAUCAGGGCCCAAUGUUGCCCCAACCUCAGCAGCAGCAUCAAAUCUCCCUGUCCCAGGGCCUUAUGGUGCCCCAACGUCAGCAACGGCAUCAGGGCACCAUGCUGCCCCAACGUCAGCAUCAAAGCUCCCUGCCCCAGGGCGUUAUGGGGUCCCAACGUCAGCAACAGCAUCCCGGUGCCAUGCCCCGGGCCCCUGUGGUGCCCCAACGGCAUCAGGGCACCAUGCUGCCCCAACCUCAGCAACAGCAUCAAAGCUUCCAGCCCCAGGGCCUUAUGGGGUCCCAACGUAAGAAACAGCAUCACAAUGUCAUGCCCCGGGGCCCUGUGACGCCCCAUCGUCAGCAACAGCAUCAGGGCCCCAUGUUGCCCCAACCUCAGCAACAGCAUCGAGGUCCCCUGACACAGGGUACCAUGUUGCCCCAAAGUCAGCAAUCCCAACAUCAGCCACGGCAUCACAGCCCCCUGCCCCAGGGCCCUAUAUUUAUCAAAAGUCAGCAAUGGCAUCAUGGCCCCAUGCCCCAAGGUCCCAUGGAGUCCCAACAUCACCAUCAACAUCAUGGCCCCCCUCCCCAGGGCUCCAUGGUGCCCCAACUUCAGCAACAGCAGCCUCGUGCUCUGUCGGUUUCCCAAAGUCAGCAACACCGUCAUGGCUACCGACCCCAGGGACCCUUCAUGAACCAACAACAUAGUGACAACCCACCCCAGGACCAACUGAUUCCAGAAUAUCAGCACAAACGUGGUGACCUCCCACCCCAGGGACUGUUGUGGCAACAGCAAUAUCAUGUAGUGCCUACGUCCCCAACUGCACAGAAGUACCAUGGUUAUCCAACAAUAAUGUCCCAACAUCAUGGUUCUCUUCCACAGGAUCCCAAACAGCAGUCCCACAAUCAGGAGCCAAAUGUACUGGAGCAGCUGUAUCUUGACUACAUGACUCAGGUGGCCCAAGAACCUAAACAGAAUGGCCAGUAUUCUAGCUACACGCAUUGGCAGCCUGAUAUACCAAACCAGCAUCACAAUCCCCAACAGAACACCUAUUCAACGAAAAGCCCCCAGCGUAAACGCUACUUAGGCAAGCACCAGGGGAAGAUGAUCAAAUUGCCACAGAAACCUUAUAUUGCCAUCAACCGACCUGGUCUGUUCCAGAGGCGCCACUUCUAAAAAGAAUGGCAUGAGUGGAGCUAAUGUGAACAUUUUGCCGUGUGCUUUAUUAGGUUGCCAAUUAAAACCCGCCGUGAGCU